AUGGCCACAGCAGUAGGACAGAAGGCGGGUCAUGUGGCGCUCGUGACGGGAGCCAACAAGGGCAUCGGGUUUGCCAUCGCUGCUCAACUCGCCCGCGCUCGCCCCGACUUCCACGUGUUGGUGGGCAGCAGAGAUUUGGCGAGGGGUGAGGAGGCGGUGGCCCAACUCAAGGCCGACGGUGUGGCCAAUGUGGGCGUGCUGCAGCUGGACCUCGACGACGAGUCCUCCAUCACCACUGCCGCCGACACCGUCGCCAAGACCUAUGGAGGGCUGGACGUGUUGGUGAACAACGCUGGCAUGGCCUACAAGGGCAACGCGUUCAAUGAGGAGGUAGCGAGGACCACGCUGGCCACCAACUACUACGGCACCAAGAACGUGACCACCCACUUCCUGCCGCUCAUCAGGGACCAUGGGCGUGUCGUGAACGUGUCCUCGCGCGCCGGCUUGCUCUCCAAGCUCUCCUCCGACGCUCUGAAACAGGCCUUCACCCGCGAGGACCUCACGCUCGAGGGGCUCGACAAGCUGGCGGACAAGUUUGCGAGCGAUGUGGCCAAGGACACGUUCACCGCAGAGGGCUGGCCGUCCAACACCUACGGCGUUUCCAAGAUCGCCGUGAAUGCCCUCACCCGCAUCGUCGCCCGAGAGGAAGCCAAGAACACUUCCAGGAAGGGCGUGCUGAUCAACGCGUGCUGCCCGGGCUGGUGCCGCACGGACAUGGCCGGACCCAAGGCGCCUCGAUCGCCUGAGGAGGGAGCCGACGUGGCCGUCUACCUCGCCCUCCUGCCCCACGACUCGCACUUCAACGGCCUCUUCUUCGCUGAACGUCAGCAGAUCGACUACUGA